CCAUGCCCACCCCGGGUACGGUACCGGCACCGGUGCCAGUUCCCCCGCCUCAGUUCGGAUCCGGAUCGUCCGGGAGCUCCGGGGCGGGUCAGUUUGGCUCGGGAACCGUAUCGGGCCCUGCAGCGCAGUCCGGCGCGUCGGGCUCCCAGUUCGUUUUGUCCAACUCAGCAGCCAUAAGAGCCGAGAUCCAUCGGUUCGAGUCCGUCCACCCGAACAUUUAUGCAAUAUACGACCUGGUCGAGCGCAUCGAUGACCUGGCCCUCCAGAACCAGAUCCGCGAGCAUGUGAUCUCUAUUGAAGCUUUCACACGCUAGGAGCCAAAGCCUCAUGAAUGUGAC